ACAGCACUAACAAUAACAAAAACAUAAACGCUUCUGUCCACAAUGAGCAACGGAAAUGGGAGCGCCAGCGUCGGCAAUGGGGACCUCAGCCUGAUGCAGGACCUGCAGCAGAAGUACUCCUUCCUGGAGAACCUGUUUAGCAAAUUUUGGAAAUCCAUUAUCAAGUCGAACUCGAGGCUCAAGUUGCAGCUGCGGAAUGUCCAGUGGAAGAAUGCCAAGGCCAAACCGGGUUGCGCCUACCAGCCCACUGAGAUCGAGCAGGUGGCCAAUGUGAUUACACACGGGAUUUGGAUUGUGCCAGCCGUGUUUGCGGCAAUUAAGCUCUUCGAACGCUCCACCAGUGCUGGCCAGUAUUUGGUGUCCUGGGUGUACGGUGGCGCCCUUUGUAUGCUCUUCACAGUAUCGACCUUCUUCCAUUGUUCAUGCUACUGCGCCGAGCACAAACCGCCCAAAAAUGUAAAGGCUUGGCCCACUCUUGGCUGGCAGACGUACCAGAGCCUCAAGAAUGUGCUGCAUCGGUGCGACAGGGCCAUGAUUUAUGUCUUCAUAGCUGGCUCCUACUUCCCCUGGCUGACCCUGGAGAACACGGAUCAAUCCACAAUACUGUUCUGCAUGGAAUGGGUCAUCUGGCUGAUGGCUGGCAUCGGAAUAGCCUACCAGCAGCUCUUCCACGAACGCUACAAGUGCUUGGAGACGUUUUUCUACCUGGUAAUGGGUCUGGGCCCGGCCCUGGUAGUGGUUCUCACUGGCCACCACUUUCACGGAAUGCUGCAGCUCAAGUUUGGAGGUGCCUUCUAUAUUCUGGGCAUUAUAUUCUUUAAGGCGGACGGCCUGAUACCAAUGGCCCAUGCAAUUUGGCAUCUUUUUGUGGUGCUAGCCGCCGCAUGCCAUUACUAUGCCAUACUGGUGAACCUGUAUCCUGGACAGACGGGAGUCAUCGAGGAGCAGGGCCAGUAGCGGAUGAAAAACAGCGAAUUUAGACCAUAGAGUUUAGAGUACUUAACAGACAGGUAUUCGAAAUUGCCAGCCCAUGGGCCAGUGCUCCAAAGUUAGCCAAAUUUUUUUUUCAAGCGAGUACGAGUAGGUGUGUAUUGUAGCUUUAGGGAAACUUACUAAAUCGAAACGAUUCUUGUGAUCAGUAUCUGCGGUCUUGCCAAAGAUUCAAACUGUGCGUGUGCUCAUGUCUCUCUAUCUCUAACUCUUGAUAUUACUAGCGAUAGUCCUCUACAUAUUUCUAUAUAUAUAUAUAUAUAGUAUAAUCUAUUUCUAUACCAGCUCACGAUAUUUGUCACGACAUGUGUUUCCCAAAAAUCGAAAAAGACUUCAAUCUGUACUCAAAAGGCGAACAACAAAGUGAAAUUGUACAAAUCCCCCGAGACUUUACAUGAAUUUCCUCGCCCACCCCCUCGCCUUUUGAAAACUAGAAGAAGCCCGCCUGCAUUGCAUUAUACAUGUUUAUACAGACAUUAUAUAUAUAUCUACGAUUAUAGAGACAUAUACACAAUAUACUUUAUAGAUAGGACUAGGGAAGACCGCGAGGCAAGCCCCGGGAGCUGCCCGUUCCCGUUCCCGCCCCAGUUUCAUCGUUUAGCUCAGGGACUAUUCGAUGUGUUAUAUAUAUUAUAUAGAUGUAUGAUAUUGUACGAUUGAUAUUCGGGGCCUGGCUCGCGGCCAGUUCAAAUUGCUUUCGUUCGUCUAUCCCGUGUAAUUGUAAUUGUAAUAUAUAUUGGGUUCGCCGUGAUUAUUUCGGUGUUGGUCCCAGUUUCUUGGUGCAGCUCGCGUUUAGUUUUAUCCAGGGAUUCUAGCCAUCCCAUAGAUGAUGCUUCAAUUAAUGUUUUACUUUCCAAAUAUAAAUGAAUCUGUUCCAAAUGUUUGGUUAAAUAAAAAAAAAAGUAUAAAACAAA